GGAAACCUUCGCUUACCCCAUUUCCCCCUUGCUCACACUUUUACCCCUUUGACUCACCCCUUUCCCCCCUUGCUCACUCUUUUACCCCCUUCAUUCACCCCUUUUCUCCCCUGCUCACUCUUUUACCCCCUUCGCUCACCCCUUUUCCCCCCUUGCUCACUCUUUUACCCUCUUCACACAUUCCUUCUCCUACCUACUCACUCUUUUACCCCAUGCACUCACCCCUUUUCCCCCUUGCUCACUCGGUUACCCCCUUCACUAAACCAUUCUGCCUCUGCAUCUCACCUUUCUGCCUCUCCAUAUCCCCGUUCUACCUGUCCAUCUCCUCUUUCUGCAUCCCCAUCCCCGCGUCCCUUCCUCUCUUCCUCUCUACCCCCUACUAG